GUUUAUGUGAAGUUGAUGAGCUGGACCGAAGUGUGCCGCAAGAUACCUCGGCGCGUCGCAAUAUCGUUAGUGCCCUUCGUUUUCUUGCUGGCUCCAUUCACGCCGAUCUCAAGAUGAUGUGGGAAUCUCCUUUCUCGAGACUCAAGGAGUUAGAAGACG